GAGAAGCACGGCUCCGAACCGAGCCUGUCAGUCAAAUCGAUCCCGGGUCCAAUCACGGAGCUCCUCGUGCUUUUUCCCAGACUUCGCUUGCCAAUAGCGACGGGCUCCAUUCGUCUCCCUCCUCGCUCUGACGGGAGGGGAGGCGACCUUAUUUGGCUUUUCUGACCUUAUAUGGAGCGCGCGCAGGGGCGGGCGUCCGCGCGAGGUCUCCUGCUGGUGACACUUUCCCCAAUUUGAAGCUUUGCCUGUCAGAGUCAGGACGCAUGGUGAAGGGAGAGAAGCGGCUCUGAGCGCGGAUCUCUGCUCGGCUCGUGCGCGGAGGACGUUUGCGUCAAGAACCACAGCGCUCCUCUCCUUCUGCAGGCGCGCGCAGACACAAGUGGAGCCGGGACUGCUCUCCGCCCGCCUCCAAGAUCCUGCCGGGACUAAAUCAUUUCAUUUACUACUGAGAGCAGGGAGCAUGCAGAAAUAAAUCAGAGAAGAUCCAAAAGUAGAAUCGGUUUAGGAAUUAGUCAGUCUGGAGAGUGUCCUCCUUUUGGCUGCAUGUUAAAGAAGAAAGGAAAGUUUUGAUUUGUUUUAGUGACUUUCGGGAGUUUUUCCUCGUGUUUAUGGAUCUCUGCGCACUGAGGAGACCCGGGACUUGUUGGCUGCGCUUUCACCCUUUGAUCAUGAUGAUAUUCUGAUAGUAAAUAUCUUCAGACAGAAUUCUGAAGAAGAGAAAAAACUGAUUCAACAUUUUUUGCGCAAAAGACUGAAUUGGAAGAGUGGGAGUCUACUUUUUUUUUUUUUUUUUAACUUUUGACCUUAAAGACGGCGCUUCAUCUGACUCCUUCUGUGAUUUGAGCGGGGACUGAGUGUUUGUGGGAUAGCAUGGCAAUGGUAGUAAACCAGUGGCCAGAGAACAUUUCUGCAGAUCCGGGCUCUCAGCUCCAGAUGUGCGGCCAGGAGCCUGGAGGGGGCCCGGGGACUCCCAACGGUUCCACCCCGGGGAACGACGCACUUUCCGGGGACAAGAUCCCCAACGUGGACUGCAUGGUGUGCGGGGACAAAUCGAGCGGGAAGCAUUACGGUCAGUUCACCUGCGAGGGAUGCAAAAGCUUCUUCAAACGCUCCGUGAGGCGGAACCUCACCUACACCUGCCGGGGGAACCGAGACUGUCCCAUCGACCAGCACCACCGGAACCAGUGUCAGUACUGCCGGCUGAAGAAGUGCCUGAAAGUUGGCAUGAGGAGAGAAGCUGUUCAGCGAGGACGUACUUCGAACUCCCAGAGCAGCCCGGGACAGUACCUGACAAACGGCACUGACCCGUACAACGGACAGCCGUACCUGUCCGGCUUCAUCUCCUUGCUGCUGCGCGCCGAGCCCUACCCCACGUCUCGCUACGGGGCUCAGUGCAUGCAGGGAAACAACCUGAUGGGCAUCGAGAACAUCUGCGAGCUGGCAGCCCGGCUUCUGUUCAGCGCGGUCGAGUGGGCAAAGAACAUCCCCUUCUUCCCCGACCUGCAGCUCAUGGACCAGGUGGCGCUGCUUCGCAUGUCGUGGAGCGAGCUCUUUGUUCUCAACGCCGCCCAGUGCUCCAUGCCGCUCCACGUGGCGCCUUUGUUGGCAGCGGCGGGCCUGCACGCCUCGCCCAUGUCUGCGGAGCGCGUGGUGGCCUUCAUGGACCACAUCCGGGUCUUCCAGGAGCAGGUGGAGAAGCUGAAGGCCCUGCAGGUUGACACGGCCGAGUACUCCUGCCUCAAGUCCAUCGUGCUCUUCACGUCCGAUGCCAUGGGGUUGUCGGAUGUCGCCCACGUUGAGAGCAUCCAAGAAAAGUCCCAGUGUGCGCUGGAGGAGUACGUACGGAACCAGUAUCCCAGCCAGCCCAAUCGCUUUGGACGCCUCCUCCUCCGCCUGCCAUCGCUACGCAUAGUCUCCUCUCCGGUCAUUGAGCAGCUGUUUUUUGUGCGCCUGGUAGGGAAGACUCCCAUCGAGACAUUGCUGCGUGACAUGCUGCUGUCAGGCUCCAGCUACAACUGGCCCUACAUGCCUGCCGUGCAGCGCGAACGGCCUCUGUCCCUCCACUACAACGAGAACGGCCCCUGAGGCUGGGAAACGUCCAUAAACCCUUCCCACCUUCUCCGUCAUUGUCUCCGGUCCAUCUCCUCGGCUUUCCCGGAGGAAGCGUCUCCCUCACUGUUUCACUCCAAGGACACAAACGUCCAGGUUUAGAAAAAGCCAGCCAAAUCCUCCUUUGUAACCGUUCCAGAGACUUGGUGGCCCGUUGAAGCUCCAGAGCUGAUGUGAGUUGGACUAAUUCACAUGGAGGUCUGUUGGACUUGCUUCAGACCCUAAAACUGAAAAACGUUGCUCGGUGCUACACUUGCAAAGGCCGGAUCCGAGCUCGGUGAGAACUGAUCAAGGGCUGCCACAGCAGGACUCCACUGACAAGAGCAGCAGUUUCUCAAGCCAUUUUUAAAAAUAAAUACAAUGAAAUAAAGAAACAAGCGCCAAAAUGUCUCUGGACUUUUUGGAGGACAUGUUUUAUUGUGUGUGUUUGUAUUAGCACUGUUUAUAUGGAGAGAAAACUCAAGAUUGUGUCCAUAUGUACAGUUUAUCGUUGAUUCAUAGACGUCUAAGGCAUUGUAGGGUUCAGUGGAAAAAACACUCAGGUUUAGAGGGGGGGUAGACCAAAAGAUAAAUAUCAGAAGAAGACAACCUCAUCUUAAUUUUGGAGUUAUCAGCAGCCUGUGCCAAAGCUGACAAGAUUUGGAAUUUGUUUGUGGCAGCAUUAGAAAUGUCAUGUCCAGUUUGUUGAUAAUUUGGCGACACUUGUUUGGGUUCUUGAGUAGAAAGACUAACAAAAAAAAAAAUGACGCACUUGCUUUCUAAACUAGUCAGAUUGUACACUUAUUCACAUCUGCUAAACCACAGCACCGGUAAAUUUGAUUUGAUUGAAACUCUUAUGUGUUUGAAACACUCGCUGUAAUUUGCUGAACUAUUCUGGGGGUGUCAAGGUUACGAUUGUCAAAAAUUGAACUUAUAGACUUGGGACAUGGAAUUUGGAGGAGGGAGGGGUGUUUUACAAAAAAGUAGCUGUACUUGCCUUAGAACAAAGAUGUUGUCACUGAGCAUUUAUCUUAUGACUGUGCCAUAAUCUCUUGUUACCUGUUAUAACAGGUAUUAUGUCAUGCCAGGAGUGGAAAAUGAGCUUGCAUGAUGUUGAAAUACAACGUGUACACUGAAACGUAAGGUGGACUGGUGUUUCUUUAUGCAAUUAGUUGACAAAACUAAGACAAACAAAUGGAAUCGAAAUGCUCUGCUUUCACAUAAUCAGCACUUGGAUUUUUUUAAACUUCAUGAAAGUUAUUUUCCACGUCCUGGUUAUAGUGUUGUCUAGAGAGGAGCCCCCUGAACUCACGUCAAUUGAGCUUAUCAUGCGGAUACUGUAGAGUAUUGUAUCACUAACCCUUAAAAGUCUCAGUUGCGACAUGAUCUUUGUUGUACUUAUGACUGCCUCUUAGAAUAGGACUUUUUUUGUUAUUUUUUCCCCCCUUCUUGGUGUAUUGUUUGUGUCACAUUUCCAACAAGACUUCAUAGCAUCAACUUCAAGUAUCUGUGUUGGAAAAAGCCAUAAAGGACCUGAGGAAGCAGUCCGUUGGUAAAGGAAUUCACACAAAGUUUCUAUGAGUUUGAUUUGAUCCCUUCCACUUUUGUUUGAAUUUAUGAACUCUACGUUAAUUGAAAAUAAACAU